UAAUCCUUAUCGACUAUCUCUCCCAAUCUCUCUCGCGCCCUCGCCCUCUCCGACGCCGCCUGAAUCCUCAGCCUCCGGCGGCGCUACUCUUCUUCGUUAAGCGCGCACUUUCCUUGCCGAACCAAAACCUUCAACGGCUAUUGACCCAGCGGAAAGGUGGCCAACACCAACGAACACUCCGCGGCCCGCAGAAACCCUUAGAGACUUGCCAGUGGUAAAAUCUAUCAAGUCAUUUAGGGUAUAUUACAUCGAUUCAGUUUAUAAUUCGGCUAAUUUAGUUCUGAAAACUCGUAUUUCUGUUUAUGAAUUUCGGAUCAGUAAGAAUUCUAGCGCCCUAAAAAUUCGUAACUGGCCCUUACUUGAGUUAUCGUCGUUGUUUGUUUGAUUGCUCUAUGAUUCGUAAAUGUGGAUGUGAUAAAAUAGCUUUUAUUUAGGGUUGACAUGCUUUUGUCGAAGUGUGUAUUUUGGAUUCUUGAUAUCGAGAAUAGAAAAGGUGGGGGCGUUUCAUGAAGUGACGGUCGUUCAGUCUAACAAUCUGCAGAAAUCGUUACUAUUUCAUCGUGGAUCGUCGCUCGAGUGUUUGCAGUAUUGAUGUCUUGAAUUUGCAGUAGCAAACCCAAUGAGCAGCAACGUGGAGAGGACGCAGAAAUCUAGACCUCCCGAAAUUAUUAAGUUGAAUGAUGCAGCGAAAUUGGCAGCGCAGUUGAUGAGCAAGAUGACUAAAACCGAGUGGAAAGAAACUGCGAAUGAUAAUGAAUCAACUAUGUUCGAACCCGGGAAUCGACCUCCUAGACUUGGACUUGGAGCCAAAAUAACACACAAUAUUAGAAAUGGACCGUCCAAUGACCCACUUGAUAGAAAACUAUAUGCCAAGUUGGAUGCUGUGAAAAAGCAAGCUGCUAGAAAGGUGUCGGAGGAUACUCCCGUACUUAACAAUGAAGACGACGACGACGAUGACAACGACAAAGAGAGUAGAACUGCCAUUUUCGAUAAGAAGCGAGUGACAACUCGAGUAUCUAUGAUUCCUUUACCGGCGAAGAAAAAACGAAGGUAACUACUUUUGUAGGUAGGGAAUAUUGUGUAACUAAAGAAAUGAACAUCUUACUAGGGUCUCAAGCAAGAGGUUACUAAUUUUUGUAAGAUUCAACCUUGAAUGAAACUUUUGUUAUGAUAAAUCUUAGUUAUGGAUGUCUUUUUCUUUUUCCUCUUGAAAUUUCAAAUGAUGACGUUGCAGAUUGACGUUGA